UGUCACAAUAGUUCAAGUACUGGAUUAGUGAAAUAACUACAACAACAAUUUAGUGAAGUCUUCAUUUCAAUAUCAUAUUCGGAUUAAUUUACUCAUUACGCUCUUACCUGAGCUUUUAAUUUAAAACUUUAACUUUUAAUUUUCGAAAUUUUCUUUCUUUUUUUUUCGUCACAAAAUCUUCGCUCUUUAAAUUACAAAUCACAAUGUUCACCAAAUCAAGUAUCAUCAUCAACCUUUUGGUCUGUGGAUUAUGUCUCAUCUCCGUGCAAGCGGCCAAUAACAACAGCUCAUCAAAUGCUUCCCCAGGUCCUUUCAUCCCUGUGCCAGUACCAAUUCCAGCCUUCCCUGGUUUCCCUGGUUCCAACGGCGGUGCUCCAGCUGGAUAUGGUUAUCCCGCUUAUCCAUCAGCUUAUUCUGGUUUCGGUAGCUAUGCCAGUCCAGCUUAUGUUUCACCAAGUUACGCACCAGCUUCAGGAAUGAGUCCAUACGCCUCAAGCCCAUACGCUGCUUCCUCACCCUACUCAAGUGUAGCAUCUUCAAGCCCAUACGCUGCCGCUUCAUCACCUUACGGAGCCGCUUCUUCAAGCCCCUACUCAUCCAGCCCAUACUCAUCAUCACCCUACUCAUCAUCACCUUACCAAUCAGCAUCACCCUACUCAUCAAGCUACACUCAAGCUUCACCAUACUCAUCCUAUGGUUCAUCAUACGGAUCAUCAUAUGGAUCACCUUAUGGUUCAUCUUAUGGAGCAUCAACUUUAGGCUAUGGUUCAUCAUCAUACCCAAGUUCAUCUUCAUUCCCAUUCUUUGGUUGAGAAACAAUUAAAAAUAAAUCACAGGUAAAUAGAGAUCACAAUCUAUCCAAGAGAAAAGAUUAACUGAAGAUCACAAAUGAAUUCGUGGCUCCAUUGGAACCAAGUUUUCGGCCAAAACAAUUGUCCCUCCAAAGAAAUGAUCCACCAAAAGAACAUAAUCAUUCUCAUCAAUAAUCAAUAAUCGAAUUUAAAUAUAAAAUAAAACGAUAAUUAAAACAAUAAA